CAGAGACAGAGACAGACAGAGAGAGCGAGAGAGGAACAGAGUGGAUGAGAGAGAGAAACAAAAAGAAACAGGGAGACUGAUAAAGUAUGAAGAGGAAGAAAAGCAAGAGAGAGAUACUGUAGUUUAAAGAGGAACAAAAGUUUUAAUUUGAAUUUUAGAGGGAAAUACAAGAGAGAGAGAGAGAGAGAAGGAAAGAGAGAGAAACACACUAAGGGGUGUGUCAUAGCAAUUUAGUUCCUCAAGGAAGUACAACUGACAUUUAUCUUGAGACGGUGGCGAGCAGCACUGAUAGAUGAGACACAGAGGGAUUUUCUUUUAUUUUCACCUGGUAAGAUGAAGGGAUUCCAUUAACGAGUGCUCAAUGCUGACAACCUGAGCCACGUGCCGUAGGGACUGAGACGUUUGACACGAAGGGGGGGGGGGACUCUCUCAGGCACACACAGGUAAGGAUGGAGUCGUUCAGCUCCAAGGAUAUGGCCAUGCAGGCCCAGAAGAAGAUCCUCAGCCACAUGGCCAACAAGUCUGUGGUCCAUAUGUUCAUAGACGACACCAGCAGUGAGAUCCUGGACGAGCUCUACCGUGUUUCCAAAGAGUAUUCAGGCAACCGCUCAGAGGCCCAGAAGGUGGUGAAGGACCUGAUCAAGAUAGCAGUGAAGAUUGGCGUGCUGUUCAGACACAACCGUUUCAGCCCAGAGGAGCUGAGUCUGGCCCAGGACUUCAAGAAGAAGCUGCAUCAAGGAGCCAUGACAGCCAUCAGCUUCUAUGAGGUGGAGUUCACCUUUGACAAGACAGUAAUGUCGGAGAUCCUGACAGGAUGCAGAGAUCUGCUGUUGAAGCUAGUCGACUCCCACCUCACAUCCAAAUCCCAUGGUCGCAUCAAACACGUAUUCAACCAUUACUCCGAUCCAGAGCUUCUGACCAAGCUGUACAACCCCGAUGGACCCUUUAAACCCAACCUCACCAAAAUAUGCACCGGCCUCAACCGUCUGCUGGAGGAGGGAACGUUAUGAGAGUGUGAGCAAGUCUAUGAUUGUGAGAGAGACACUGGAAGAUCUGCUUGAUGGGGUCUGCUUAGAACUCGAGAGAAGACUGUGUGUAAGGACAGGAGGUGUCCAUGCUCUAAAUGAGAACUGGCAAGAUUUGUGACUCAAGUUUUACUUGAUGUUGUCACUCACUGAUCUGUUAUUUUCCAAAAAGGGUACUGUCCAAAGUGGAAAAAAUAUGAGAAUACGCAGGAUGAUGUAAAGUUAAUGUCUCCUGAUGAAUUGUGUCUCAACGAAUGGAGUUCCUGGAAAGUCAGGAUUAGGUUAAGAUUGUGUCAACCACCUGAUUUUUAUACAGUGGAAUUUCCGUCCAUGGUUUCACAUUCUCAUUUACUACUAUUCUAUUUUUUCUGGUGUUUUUUCUCUCUCUUGACAUAUUAUGUACUGUAUAGGGAAAGAGAAACCUCAAGGAUUGCACAAUACUGACUGACAGAAUGAAAACAAGGGUUAAAAGCAAGCGGUGAAAUAUAAGAAUAGAGUACUACAAUCUAGUGGUCCAGCUGGCAAUGACUCAGUACUGCAUGUAACGAAGAAAAUAUAAAAGCUUAUUUACAAAAACAGUGCACAUCUAUUGUGGAGAUACAAGACAGUCAUUUUAUAAGACCCAAAGAGAAACUGGAUUGGAAUAUUUAAGAACUGUCUAUAAAAUAAUUCAGCUUUAUUUGGGCCUUGUACAUCAUAGGAUUGGAAAAAAAAAAGCCUUGUAAAUUGGUGCCUUAUUGUCUAUUUGUGAAUUUAUUGACUUCACAUCUUUAGUUAAAAUGUACAAUUUAUCAAUAAAUUGACAACAAUGUGUAUACAUACAGUAUCAGUCAAAAGUCUGGACACAUCUACUCAUUCAAGGGUUUUUCUUUAUUUUUACUAUUUUCUACAUGGCAAAAUAAUAUUGAAGAGAUCAAAACUAUGAAAUAAAACAUAUGGAAUCAUGUAGUAACCAAAAAAGUGUUAAACAAAUCAAAAUAUAUCAUAUAUUUUAGAUUCUUCAAAGUAGCCACCCUUUGCCUUGAUGGUAUGUUUUGGCUCAUUGUCCUGUUGAAAAACAAAUUAUAGUCCCACUAAGCACAAACCAAAUGGGAUGGCGUAUCGCUGCAGAAUGCUGUGUUUGCCAUGCUGGUUAAGUAUGCCUUGAAUUCUAAAUAAUAGAGUACUACAAUCUAGUGGUCCAGCUGGCAAUGACUCAGUACUGUAUGUAUUAUAUCAAAAAAUAUAAGCUUAUUUACCAAAACAGUGCACAUCUAUUGUGGAGAUACAAGGCAGUCAUUUUAUAAGACCCAAAGAGAAACUGAUUACUUGUUAGAUAUUACUGCAUGGUCGGAACUAGAAGCGCAAGCAUUUCGCUACACUCGCAUUAACAUCUGCCAACCAUGUGUAUGUGACAAAUAACAUUUGAUUUGUAUUGAUUUGUUAUCACAACAGUGUCACCAGCAAAGCACCGUCACACCACCUCCUCUAUGCUUCACGGCGGGAACCACAUAUGCAGAGAUCAUCCGUUCACAUACUCUGUCUCAAAGAAUGGGGGUAGGAAGCAAAAAUCUCAAAUUUGGACUCAUCAGACCAAAGGACAGAUUUCCACCGGUCUAUGUCCAUUGAUUGGCUCAAACGCAUUAAGAAGGAAAUAGAAACCACAAAUGAACUUUUAACGAGGCACACCUGUUAAUUGAAAUGCAUUCCAGGUGACUACCUCAUGAAGCUGGUUGAGAGAAUGCCAAGUGUGCAAUGCUAUCAUCAAGUGUAAGGGUGGCUACUUUGAAGAAUAUCAAAUAUAUUUUGAUUUGUUUAACACUUUUUUGGUUACUACAUGUUUCCAUAUGUGUUAUUUCAUAGUUUUUAUGUCAACACUAUUAUUCUACAAUGUAGAAAAUAGUAAAAAAGAAAGAAAAAAACAUGGAAUGAGUAGGUGUGUCUAAACGUUUGACUGGUACAGUAGGUAGUGAGCAAAAUGGAAAUACCUGGGUAAAAAAGGGACAAACUGGUGAAUCAACGGUAACAUCACAUAUCAAAAAGAGUAACCAGGUCAGAUGCUUCUGAAAUAACUAAAGGCAACAUAAAAUAUAUCUUGUACUUCUAAACUACAUGUCUAGAUUUACUUAAACAGCAGAAAAGCAACAAAUAGCAAGGAGAUCCAACAAGUUCCUCACUUUUAUUGAGUAUGGCCAAUUCAGUGUUAACAAUAGAUCCCUAAAUCAUGGUUGCCAAAAUUCAAUUAAAUACCAAGGCAACCUUACCACUGACUACAACCUAGUGCCAAGAUUAGAAAAAGAAAGUGCAAUGCUCAGUAUUCUUCUAAAAAUAAAUAUGUACAUCAUUGCAUAAUUGUAACAAACACCCAGUGAAGACUAGGCUAUACCAACUCACAUUGGUUUCAAUUAUAAAUACAUGUUUUAGAGUCAACUUCUAUUGUUCUCCAAGACUUGCAUAUUUUUCACAUUUCUGACAUUGCAUAAGACACUACGAGGUAGCAUAACUCACAUGAUCUAGCUAGCGCCUGUGGCCAAACAUAACUUGGAGAGUUACAAGAUCACACUAACAUACAAACACAACUCACAAAGUGCCACAUUCUGACUCUCGUUUUGUGUAGUAAACGGACAACCAGACAGUGCUGUUCUGGAUAUGGCUAAUAUAUAAUAUGUAGUCAAUGUAUUACAACGUGAAAUAACUUGGAAAUAGUUAAUUGCUUAAUAAGAAGUCUUUUAAAACUUUUGACCGGUAGUGUAUAAGAACACCUACUCAUUCAAGGGUUUUUCUUUACUUUUACUAUUUUCUACAUUGUAGAAUAAUAGUGAAGACAUCAAAAUUAUGAAAUAACAUAUAUCAUUUAGUAAUCAAACAAAUUGUGAAAGAAAUCUAAAUAUAUUUUAUAUUUGAGAUUCUUCAAAUAGCCACCCUUUGCCUUGAUGACAGCUUUGCACACUCUUGGCACUCUCUCAACCAGCGUCAUGAGGUAGUCACCUAGAAUACAUUUCAAUUAACAGGUGUGUCUUCUUAAAAGUUAAUUUGUGGAAUUUAUUUCCUUCUUGAUGCAUUUGAGCCAAUCAGUUGUGUUGUAACAAGGUAGGGCUGGUAUACAGAAGAUCGCCCUAUUUGGUAAAAUACCAAGUCUAUAUUAUGGCAAGAACAAUUCAAAUAGCAAAGAGAAAUGACAGUCCAUCAUUACUGUAAGACAUUAAGGUCAGUCAAUACGGAACAUUUCAAGAAAAGUUUCUUCAAGUGCAGUCGCAAAAACCAUAAAGCGCUAUGAUGAACCUGGCUCUCAUGAGGACCGUCACAGGAAUGGAAGACCCAGAGUUACCUCUGCUGCAGAGGAUAAGUUCAGUUGUAACCAGCCUCAGAAAUUGCAGCCCAAAUAAAUGCUUCACAGAGUUCAAGUAACAGACACAUCUCAACAUCAACUGUUCAGAGGAGACUGCAUGAAUCAGGCCUUCGUGGUUGAAUUGCUACAUAGAAACCACGACUAAAGUACACCAAUAAGAAGAAGAGAUUUGCUGGGGCCAAGAAACACGAGCAAUGGACAUUAGACCGGUGGAAAUCUGUCCUUUGGUCUGGAGUCCAAAUUGGACAUUUUUGGUUCCAACCAAAAGUGGGUGAACGGAUGAUCUCCGCAUGUGCAUUUCCACCGUAAAGAAUGGAGGAGGUGUUAUGGUGCUUUGCUGGUGGUACUGUGAUUUAUUUAGAUUUCAAGGCACCCUUAACCAGCAUGGCUACCACAGCAUUCUGCAGCGAUAUGGCAACCCAUCUGGUUUGGGCUAAGUGGGACUAUCAUUUGAUUUUCAAAAGAACAAUGACCCAACACACCUCCAGGCUGAGUAAGGGCUAUUUUACCAAGGAGUGAUGGAGUGCAGAUGACCUGGCCUCCACAAUGCCCCGACAUCAACCAAAUUGAGAUGGUUUGGGAUGAGUCGGACUGCAGAGUGAAGGAAAAACAGCAAACAAGUGCUCAGCGUAUGUGGGAACUCCUUCAAGACUGUUAGAAAAGCAUUCCUCAUGAAGCUGGUUGAGAGAAUGCCAAGAGUGUGCAAAGCUGUUAUCAAGGAAAAGGGUGGCUUCUUUGAAGAAUCUAAAAUAUAUCAUAUAUUUUGAUUUGUUUUUGGUUACUACAUGAUUCCAUGUUUUAUUUCAUAGUUUUGAUGUCUUCACUAUUAAUCUACAAAUGGAGAAAACAGUAAAAAUAAAGAAAACAAUUGAUUGAGUAGGUGUUCUAAAACUUUUGACCAGUAGUGUAUUGUCAAAAUGAAACUCAUCCUCCCAGCAAAACAAUUAUAUCAACAGUGCUAACGACAAACUUUCAAAUACCAAGUCCAUAGAGCAGCAGGUUACUCGUCAGUGAAAAUAAGAACUCUCCUAAAUCUGUAUUGGCAGAUUAGCUUGGAGGCCAAUCUCUUUGAUUCUUGCAUUAGUACAUGUGUCCCAUGAUCUGCCUGACAGAGGCAAUGCAAUCACAACUCAAAGAUCUCAUCCUCUCUUUCUCUCAGUUUCUUGGUGCAUUUGGUGAUGGUGAGGGGCACUGCACCAAGUAUGGCUUGCUGAUGCAUUCUGGGAGAGGUGACGACCGUGGCACUGUUUGACCUUGUAAAUCGACGGUCUGUUGUCUUACUGGUACAAGCUGCUUCCAAAGACGUCAAUCUGUGAUGGAAAACCCCAACAGGAAAUAAACAGAAGCUUGACAAAAUCAUUAUAUGGAGAGCUAGGCACAUCAUACAGUGUUUCCCAAACCAUGGGGUUGCGAGAAAAACAUAAAUGCAUUUGUUUUAACUUGCUGUUGCCGCUAGAUCCAAUAAACAGAACGAUUUCUAUUUUCUUCCUACAAAUAUGUCUCCGUCUUUUGAACCGUUUAAGCUUCAAAAUAUUAUGACCCCAUCACUCAAAUAUAAGACUGUUUCGUCCUACAAUGACCACCAAUGAAUCAUUAAAAGUGGACAAGACAAAGAACUAAA